AAGAGGAAAGGCAAAGAGAUUGCAAGUCCGCUGGGGCUGCCAUGUGAGCGACACCUGCCAGCUUCCCCCAGCCCCCUGCCCUGCCCUGCCUUGCCAAGAUGGGCAAGAAGAAUAAGAAGGAGAAGAAGGCCAAGGGGGCCGAGAAGACGGCUGCCAAGAUGGAGAAGAAAGUCUCCAAGAGGACCAAGAAAGAGGAGGAGGAUCUGGAGGUGCUGAUCGCCCAGUUCCAGUCUCUGGACGCUGCAAAGACGCAGGUGCUGGAGACCCCCUGCGCCCCUCCCUCCCCAAGGCUCAACGCCUCUCUCUCUGCACACCCCGAGAAAGACGAGCUCAUCCUGUUCGGAGGUGAAUAUUUCAAUGGCCAAAAAACCCUCCUCUACAACGAGCUCUUCGUUUACAACAUCCGGAAGGACAGCUGGGCCAAAGUCGAUAUUCCGAGUCCUCCGCCUCGGCGCUGUGCUCACCAGGCUGUGGUGGUCGCUCAGGGUGGCGGACAACUCUGGCUGUUCGGUGGGGAAUUUGCUUCUCCGGAUGGGGAGCAGUUCUACCACUACAGAGACCUUUGGGUCCUGCAUUUGGCCAACAGGACUUGGGAGCAAGUCAAAGCUUCCGGGGGGCCCUCUGGGCGGAGUGGACACCGGAUGGCCGUCAGCAAGAGGCAACUCAUCGUCUUUGGAGGCUUCCAUGAAAGUAGCCGGGACUACGUCUACUACAACGAUGUCCAUGCUUUCAACCUGGACACCUUCGCUUGGUCCAAACUGGCUCCUUCUGGGAUUGCCCCAGCCCCGAGGUCAGGUUGCCACCUGGCUUCCACACCUGAGGGCCACCUCGUAGUCUAUGGAGGCUACUCCAAGCAGAGAAUUAAGAAAGACGUCGACAAAGGGACCCUCCACACGGAUAUGUUCCUCUUGAGUGCUGAAGGGUUGGAAAAAUGGAGUUGGAGCAGGGCGAGUCCCUCUGGGGUGAAGCCAACCCCCAGGUCUGGCUUCUCAGUGGCCAUGGGGCCCGGCAACCGGUCUCUUCUCUUUGGUGGGGUCCACGAUGAAGAAGAGGAGGAACGUCUAGAAGGAGACUUCUUCAACGAUAUUUAUUUCUACGACCUGGCGAAGAAUCGGUGGUUUCUUGGACAGUUAAAGGGGUUGAAGUCCGAGAAAAAGAGAAGGCGACGAGGCGCAGCGAAAGGGGAGCCCCAUCAGGCUGGUGGUGGAGUGGACGAGGCGGAAGGACAGCCUCCCCUUGGACCCGUGGAGAUUGUCAAGGAGGUGGUGGCAGAAGACGGGACUGUGAUGAUUGUCAAGCAGCUGAUCUCAGCUCCCCAGGGAAAGUCAACCGAGUCCCCGGAAUCGGAAGGAGAAGACGAGGAUGUGGGGAACGGAGCCUCCAAUCCUCCGGUGGAGCCCUGCCCACGCUCCAAUGCCAUGCUGGCCGUGAAGCACGGGGUGCUCUACCUCUACGGGGGCAUGUUUGAGGUGGGGGACCGCCAGUUCACUCUCAACGACCUCUACGCCCUCGACCUCCACAAAAUGGAAGAGUGGAAGGUCCUGGUGGAGAUGGACCCAAAAACUCAGGAAUGGCUUGAAGAAUCUGAGUCGGAUGAAGAUGUGGAAGGUGCUGAGGGAGGAGAGGAAGAAGAGGAGGAAGAAGAAGAGGGCUCGGAUGAGGAGGAGAGCGGAGAGGAUGACAAGGAAGAACAUCCAGCUGCGCAACAGGAUGAAACAUUUGCCGACUACCUUUCCAGGACAGAGCAGUACUGGGUGAAUCUGGCCCGCCAGAACCUGGGCCCUGAGGCCAAAGAGAAGAAGGCGGUGAAGGUGGGGCAGGCCAUGGCGAAGGCCUUCUAUGAAGGGGACACCUAGGCAAGCCUUACAAUGACUGGGGGCCAAAGGGUUGUGUUUGGCCCAUCCUGUCCUUCACAAGGCUUGGCAGUUGAUGGCUUAGAAGGCCUGUGUUGAAUAUACGUUACUUCAGUCAAGGAUUUGAGAGGCAAGGUGACCGACAUACGCCGAGAAAAUCUGAAAUUGUUCUUGCUGGAUGUAAACCAAGCCGAUGCUUUGAGGGACAGGCUUUCUCUGGGGUGCAAUCCUUUGCAGGCAGAGAGAGCUUCUCCAAGAUUCAGGGUCUCCAGGAAGAUCCACCCCACGGUGUCCUUGUGUUGUGAAGCUAGCUCUGUCGGAGAGCCACAGUUAUUCCUGCUUCUCCCGAGGACUUUGGUGUUGUGGUGUGCCGGUGCUGAAUGGCUGGAGGAUUUGCUGAUGGGCCCUGUGCAUGUACGGUUAUAGAAAGCGUUUUGAGGGCGAGCAGCUGGAAUUAACACCGUAAACGUUGAACAGAAGCCACAUCUCAUGUGGAGGCAGCCGUGAGGCUGGAAUUUGCCAUUUUAAGAGAGUUUACCAAUAAAAAUGCUUUUGCUGGA